AUGUUCCUCUUUGCCCAAGAGACCAAGAUGCCCGUGAGCACCUACACGGACUCCUACCGGCCGCCCAGCUCCGUGAAAAAGGCUUUCCAGGAGCCUCCGACGCUGCUCUGGAAGGAAAACAAGUUUGUGACCAAGGGACUGGCGGUGCCGCGGGUGCCCAGCCCGCCGGGCCCGGGUCAGCAGGAGCAGCUGGUGAAGGCGGCGGUGCGGGAGCUCGCCUACAGGGACGCCGUCGUCCCCACUGCCUACCAGCCCGAGAAGUACUGGGUGACCAGGCAGGAAGAGAGCUACAACCCGGUUUUCAUCAACGAGGACAGAUUCGUCACCUGGCGGACGGGCCCCUACGACAGCGCCGCCUGGAACAAAUACACCAGCUACCUCCCUCGCCUGCCCCCCAAGGAGGCGAAGCCGGAGGCGCUGGGGCGCAGCGGGCCCGCGCGCUACCCGCCGGAGCCCGAGCAGCCGCCCGGCCGCGAGAGGCAGGCGGCGGCGCUCGACGGCCCGUGGGCGCCCCAGCUGCCCUCGCUGCCGCCCGCCCACGCCGCGGUGCCCACGAGACCCUUCCAGGGCUACUGCAGCCCCUGCUCCGGGCGCCACUACUGCCUGCGCGGGAUGGACUACUACUGCGACGGGGGCCUGGCCGCCAGCCGGCACCUGCAGCCGCUAGCGGAGAGGGCUGUAAGGUGGGACACGAGCCACUUCGGGAGGGCUGGAGGAGUCCAGAGGGGCAGCUACACCAUCCAUCCCGAGUUUGUGUCCGAGACGAAAAGCUGCGACACGGGGAGAAGCAGCUUCGUCUCGGGCCGGCUGGGAAGCCGUGGCGAGUCGCCAGGCUUCGGCGCCCACCGCUUCCGAAGGCGACUUAAAAGGUCGCCGGAGAGCUGUCGCGGAGCAGAAUAA